AGGGGUGGACUGACCAUUCCAGCACUCGGGCACUGCCUGAGGGCCCGGGGUCAGUAGGGGGCCCCAUGAGAUGCCCCUGGUACCUUUCAUAGGCUGUUUGGGGUGUGGUUUGAGUGUGGGCGAGGACACAGGGACCCCAUGAUCCCCUAUUGCCCGGGGGCCCCAUGAGUUGCCAGUCUGCCCUGGUUCUAACCAUUUCAGCAAAUGCUGAAUCUCUUGAAAAGCUAAAGGUGUGUGGAAUUGUAUGUUCACUGCUUGCUGCGUGGUUUCUCCAAAAACAUUCCCUUUACAUUUUUAAAGCUGUUUUGGGUGUGGGCGAGGACACAGGGGCCCCAUGAUCCCCUAUUGCCCGGGGGCCUCAU